AUAAAACAUAUUAAUUUUGAGUGCGAUGGUAUGGGAAUGUGAAGUGAGAAGGAAAAAGGGAGAAGGCAAAAACCUUAGUAUCGUAGCAGAGCACAUAGUGUGGGAACCCCUAAAUGGUUGUUCUCAUACUUGUACCAAAAACUGCACUCUACAUGUUUGAAUCUUUGCUCAUUGAUGAUGUUAUCGAUUGCUUCAAAUAUAACAACUUCAAGGUUCCUUUAUUAUUCUCUACAGCAGCAACAGCUUGUUCUUUCUGUGUCUCAUUUUCACUCCGCCCUCACCCUCCACCUUCCACUCUCCUCCUCUUAUCCUUUGUUUUUUUCAACAGCGGCAUCUCCUGACAAAGAGAUAGCAGCGGAGAAAGUCUUGAAGGAAUUUCAUGCCACAAUUGAAAAUGCGGCAGCAUCAAGUGUCAAAGGUUAUGCUGCAUAUAUUGAUAAGAUGUGCAAGAUUGGAAAUCUUUCUGCUGUGAGUCAAAUGCUACAAGAUUUACAAGACAGGAACAUUUCUAUUCCCCCUAAUGUGUAUAUUGUCUUGUUAGCAGAGGCAAGUCAGAAGAAUGACAUAGACCUUUCGUGUCAAGCCUUCAAGAAAUUAUUGUUGUCUUGUAAAUCCCCAAGUGCAGCUUCAUGUCUUAGUUUUGCCCAGGCUUUCACAAAAGCCAAUGGUUGUAUUGAGCUACUUAGAUUCAUUGAAGAAGUAUCAGAAAUAACUUGUUCGAGUACAUCAUUUGUAAACAAGAUCAUUUUCGCCCUUGCCAAAAGUGGACAAAAGGAUAAGGCCUUGGUGAUAUUUGAUUAUCUUAAGAGUCGUAACUAUAGUCUUGACUUGGUCACAUAUAAUAUUGUUCUAGAUAUAUUGGGCCGUACAGGUCGUGUGGAUGAAAUGCUUGAUGUGUUUUCAACCAUGAAGGAAGCUGGUUUUGUCCCGAAUACUGUUUCUUAUAAUACUGUAUUGGAUGGCUUGCGGAAGGCUGGAAGAACAGACAUGUGCAUUGUGUAUUUUAAGGAAAUGAGUGAGAAUGGCAUCGAACCGGAUUUGCUUACAUAUACUGCAUUAAUUGAGAGUUUUGGCAGAUCAGGAAAUGCUGAGGAAUCUUUGAAAUGCUUCAGGGAGAUGAAACUGAAGGGGAUCCUCCCUUCAAUAUACAUCUAUCAAUCGCUAAUCAAUAAUUUAAACAAAUCAGGAAAGGUUGAGUUGGCAAAAGAGCUUUUAGAGGAGAUGAAUUCAUCUUCUACUCGUCUAGCUGGUCCCGAAGAUUUCAAGCAUAAAAGAAAACGAAGAAACAGGCUGACCGAGGGUCCCAAAGUUUGUUAGUUAUGUUGGUAUGCUGUUCUCUGUCAUUUCUUAGUUGUAAUAGCAUUGCCGUAGGAAGCUGACCCUCGUGCAUGUCUAUGAGGUUGAAUUGUUAGAUAUGUGCAAAGGAAAAGUGUAACAUUGAAUAUUGAUCAAUUCAUUUUGUUCUUUACUUAUUGGAAUGAUCAGCUAAUUUGUUGAGGCACAUA